AUGAGCUCUACGGCGGCGGAGCCACUGCAGUACGUGACGGCCAAAACCUCGGUGUGGUGGGACAUUGAGAACUGUGAAGUUCCGAAUGGCUGGGAUGCAUACGGAAUCGCUCAGAACAUAAGCUUAGCUCUGGCGAAGAUGAACUACUCUGGCUCUCUCUACGCAUAUGGCGACACCAAUCGUAUCCCUUCCUCUGUCCAACAAGCCCUCUCUUCCACUGGCAUCGCGCUCAAUCACGUCCCCUCCGGUGAUUUUUCUCCCAGCCCUCGCUAUUUGUUCGAUUUCGUCGCUUCUCUGGCGAAAAUUGAUGUGAAAGAUGCGAGCGGCAAGAAGAUUUUGGUGGAUAGGUUUUUAUGGGCACUGGAAAAUCCUGCACCUGCUAAUUUUAUGCUCAUCUGCGGUGACCGGGACUUCUCCAAUGCCUUUCACCAGUUGCGCAUGAAGAGAUACAACAUUCUCUUGGCACAACCACAGAAGGCGUCGGCACCAUUGGUCGCUGCUGCAUCAAGCGUGUGGCUCUGGACAAGCCUUAUUGUAGGAGGAUAUCCUCUCACAUGCAAUGACUCCUCACAAGUUGUUGUUGAUGGAUCUUCCCCCAGCCAGGCUAUGAGUUCGGAUUCUGAAGGUGGAAGGAUCGGUGAUAAUGGAAAUUGCGGGAAUUAUAAUCCUAAAUCAGCAAAUCAGCCUAUACAACAGGACACUAAAAGGUACAAGCUUCCAAGUAAGGAUGGCACGAGUGACUUUGUCAAGGCAUGCACAUUAUGCAAAGCUGUUUGCUACAAUUUGGAAUCUUUUACCGCCCACCUAUCUGAUAAAAGGCACUCAGCUGCUCAGGCUGCUUCAGUACCCCAUGGGGGAGCUCAGGCCGGUGUUGGUGGCUUCAGUACCCCACAGGGGAGGUCAGGGCCUUCCAAUUCCUCUGCCAAUUCCUCUAUAAACUGCACAAGCAAGAUUGACUAUGGAAAUCACAUACACGGGAAAAAACACCAAAUGAACUUGGAAGUGAAGCUGGGCAAGGCGAAAAAGACAUCUACAGGACCAACUGAGCGUCCUGAAAAGGACAUGACUGGGAAGAAGAAGGUGACUGAAGGUGGACCUGAUGCUGGUGCAGUUAGGGUUUGUAGUUUGUGCAGAGUUGUGUGCCCUUGCCAAGCUGCUUUUGAGUCUCAUCUUAAGGGGCGUAAACAUGUUGCAAUGGUGAAGACGCAAACAGAGGUAAGUGAUAAACCUUUCCCAACGCACCCAGGAGGAACAGGGGAAGGAAGAAGCCAGCCAUGGUCAAGGAAGCGAUUUGAGCAUCAGAAGGAAGGAGAUGGGACUAAAAGGGAGAAGUCUGACGUGGAGGCAGCAUCGUGGGGAACAAGGAAACAUCUGCAGGACAUCAUUAAUUGCUGA